AUGCACAUAAUUCCGCGUCCAGGCGACAAGCACAAAUGCAAUGUGCCCGAGUUCUACCAGGCCUUUAUCGAACAGAAAGGAUACAAGCGUCUCGCACCGAAGACCAUGGCACGCAUGAUGCAUUUGCUUUGUAAAUGCAAUAGCUUUGACCGUCGCACCGGUCAGUGGAAGUCGCUUAGGCCUCAUCCACAAGGCGGCACCGACUUCAGAACCAUGAAGGACCUCUUGAGUGACGUUCUGUCUGUGGCGGCGGAAGUUUGUCCUAUCCGGUUCUUCUUGGCCAAGAGGACCACCAACUUCCUCUUCCUUCCGGAAUGUCAGACCACGGAGGAGGGCCCUGGCACGAAGUUCUGCGUCGACGCGCCCUCCUACUCGCGCGAAGCUGUGCCGGGAACGGCGAGCAACUACAUUGCUACGGUACCAAGGAAAUCUGCGGCGAUAUACACGGGAGAUGUGGGCGUCACUUGGGAGCUCCGGUGCUGGGAUCACUACUCGGAGAACGAUCACAGCGAAUACUUGAUUCUCAAGUCUGCGGAGCAUAUGUUCUUCAACGACCUUCGGCGUAUGGGCCAUAUCUCGGUGACCUUCGAGGGUCGAACUGCGAGGAUCUGGUGCCACACGCGGGCACAUUCGGUCGUUACGGAGCGCUUUGACAUUGACAAGAAUCCGGAGGAGUUCAUUCAGCUCAUUUUGUUCACGUCCUUCGCCUCCCCCUUCCAGCUUGGAUUCGAUCCUACUAUCCAUCGUAUCGUCGUGGAUGGCAUGGUUCACUACCAGUUCGACGUCGUCCUCCGCGAUGGGACGCACCACGAGUAUCGGUCAGUAUCGGUCGAGCAUGAAGACUCGAAGGCCAGGCUGUACGGUCGAGCGAUGCGUGUCUACAAGGUCGUCGAAUGCGGCGUCGAGAACGGACCUUUUCACGUCGUCCAAGACUACUGGCGCUUCGACGACGAGUACUCGUCCGAGGAGGCGAAGAGUCAGGACGCGAUCUUCGGCGCGCUGGAGAAGGCCUUGCCGGAAGAUGAGUUCGCCGCAGUGCGGCGGCACUUCAUGACAAUACUCGCGGACGGCGCUGUGAUGCACAAGAAUCACGAUACACAUCAGACGAAAGCACUGCCGCACCUCAAUUACCGCAGGCGCUUCCGAACCGUUUGCAAGGAGCACUGUGAGACUCUGCAUCAAGUGCAAGACCCAGCCACGUUUUUCUUCGGGUUAUCCCAGCUCAUAUACAUUUUAGACAAGCUGCGCCGUGCGGGCUACCUGCACCGUGACAUAAGCUUGGGCAAUGUCAUGCUGCACUGUAUCGAUGCACGAGCCACCGAGCUCUCAGAACGCUACAUCACCAAACUCGCUGACCUCGAAUUGGCUAUCGCCUGCGACAAAGUAGCGAAGGAAGAUUUCUCAGUAGGCACCCGAGCGUUCAUGGCUAUCGAAGUCCACAUGCGCCGCCACAUCUUCCUCGGCGACCCAAACGAAUGGAAGCACCUGGUGGUCUUCCAAUACUUCGUCCCCAACCCCCUGCACGACCUCGAGUCCGCCCUCUGGCUCGCCGUUCACUUCGUAUACCACCACUGCAGCCUCCGCGUUCUCAAGAACACACCCUGGGAGACCAUGCGCGGCUACCUAGACGAGAUCGCAUCCUACAGGGAAAGCAUAUUCACCGCAGGUACUAGAGAGCGGGAGCUCUUCGUUUUAAUCGCUGGCUCUACAUUCCUGCCGUUCCGGGAGCAUAUGGAACAGCUGUACGGGCCGGAAACGGUGAUGCUGAAGCUGAGUAGUGUGCUCGAGCGUUUGAGGAGAACUUACCUCGCCGUUGAGGCGGAGAGGAUGUCGGAGGAGGAGAUAGAACAGCGCAUGGCGCGCGAUCCAAGACGGGUCGCGCGCCGCCUUUCGCUGGCUGUCUUUGAGGAACAUGCGGGUCUCUGGGAUGAAGCGCGGGAUGUCUUUCGCGAGAUCAGCGAGUACUUCGUCAAGAACUCGGACUCGCUGGUCAACAUAUCGGACAUCGACUUUGCGACGGGCAAGAUCGAAGGUGAGGAAGAGGCGCCGAUGCCGGAAGUUGCGGAGGAUGGUCCUAUCGACGCUGAGAAUGCGCCUGCAGUCACCGCAGAUGGUCCUUUUAUUGUUGACGAUGCACCUACCGCGGAAGCGGCGCUGAAAAAGGGAAAGGAUGCAGCGCAAGAGGACAAGGCUACUGCAGAGAAGCUUAAUUUUACGCAGUCGACACGGAAGCGGAAGAGGAACGGGGAGGCAGAGGGGGGUGGGAAGAGGAAGCGCAGCCCCCAGUCUUUGAACCCGGAGAUCCCUCGCGCCGCCAAAGUGACUAGGCGUUCUGCGAGGCUGGCGUCGAGAGGUCCCCAGGUAUGA